AUGAAUAAUCCCAAAGGCCGUGCCGAGACAUUGACGGACGAGCAGUCGCUGGUGCUGAAACAGGUUUGGAGACACUAUCUGCAAGCGAACGGUUAUUCCGUGGGCGAAGUUGGGGCCAAGAUCAGUCGGCAUAACACGUUAAGUUCGGUGAAAUCGAGCGAGAGCGUGCACAAGAACAAGAAGAAAGGUCUAUUAGGACGGUUUAAAAGGGGAAAUUCAAACAAGAAGGCCGUGGAGCAGGAACUGAGUACCCAACUGAGUAAUGAACAAGGCAGGGUCCACUCUGCGUUGGAAGGACUAGACGACGAUAGUCGCGGCGCGUUUUGGGAAUUUUUGCGUCAUGAUACCCCAGACAAUCUGAUCUUGCGGUUUGUGCGCGCCAGAAAGUGGGAUGUGGAUAAAUCGCUUGCAAUGAUUGCUCACACGAUGACUUGGCGGAGUAAAGAGUUUGGUGUUGAGAAAUUGUUACGCGAGGGAGAGCUCGGAUUGCUCGAGGAUGGUCGUAAAGGUGUUAUCAAACAGUUUGAGACCGGCAAGUGCUACAUCAGAGGGUUUGACAAGACCGGAAGACCGAUCGUGUUUAUCCGGCCAAGAUUCCAUUUUCCAAGCGAGCAGACCGAGGAGGAGGUUGAGAUGUUCACUAUUCUGGUGAUCGAGUACGCUCGGCUGAUUCUAAACGAGCCCGUGGACUCAUGUUCGGUUGUGUUCGAUCUGACUGGGUUUACCAUGGGUAACAUGGAUUACACCUCGGUUAAAUUCAUCAUCAAGGCCUUUGAGGCUCACUACCCAGAAUCCUUGGGAGUCCUGUUCAUUCACAGCGCUCCAUGGAUUUUUGGUGGUAUCUGGAACAUUGUCAAGAACUGGCUUGAUCCAGUGGUUGCUUCCAAAAUCGUAUUUGCCAAAAAAUACGAAGACUUACUCAAGGUGAUCGAUGCCAAGCACCUUCCAAAGGACCUGGGUGGAGAAGACACUUUCGAAUGGAAGUACCUGGAGCCAACGAAAACCGAUAACGGAAAACUGCACACAGACCCUGCCAAAAAGAAAGAACUAGAGGAGGAAAGAUCCAAGCUCAUCGAGAACUUUGUGCUUAAAACAAUCGAAUGGAUAGAAUGUCACGAGACCGAAAAGAGCCGCGCUUUAAUGACCGAGCGACUGGCUCUUGGCAAACAACUCUCAGAGAACUACAAGCUCCUGGACGGCUACAUCCGUAACCGCGGAAUCUAUGACCGUCUUGGAUACAUAAAAUUUGAAUAA